AUGACGCUCCACCAAAGACCUGGCGACGACGGAGCUGCUCCUGCUGGUCCCACUUCUUCAGCUGGGAUCCAGAAAGACAACCAGCUCUGGCUUGAGGACGGCAGCAUCAUCCUAGUUGCUGGUCAGACUGGGUUUCGCGUCCACAAGAGCCAACUCUCGAGAAAAUCUGCCAUAUUCAGAGAACUUUUUGCUGUGCCGCAACCAAUUGUUUCGGUCGACUCUCUCGAGGGCUGCCCCGUCGUUCGAGUCCCCGACGCCGCACAAGAAUUAUCUCAUUUGCUGCGUUAUAUAUACGAUGGACGCAGCUUCAUCAUAUCGACCACCGGUAGACCAGACUUCGUGAAGCCCACAUUCGCAACGCUUUCGGCGUUGAUGCGCCUCGGCCACAAGUACGACAUCCCUGAGGCAAUCGAGGACGCAUCCAGCUGCCUCCAGUCAUACUACACUACCAACUUCGACGUCUACAAGAGGUUGCGCCAGCGCGACCUUGUCGACCUGCUAUUCGAAUUACGCGAAGAAGACCUCGAUGCGGAUGCGAUCGAGACCGUCAAUCUCGCAAUGUUGACAGGAAAACACUCCCUGCUUCCCGCAGCGAUGUACAGAUGCUGCCAGAUCGAUUCCGACGAGCUCAUCGAUGGAGUCCAACGCCCUGUGCGUGACGCGCGCACCGUGCAUCUCAACGCGGAUUGUAUUCGUCUCUGCCGUCGCGGGCGGGAACAUCUCAUCAAGGCCUGUGGACGAGUUCUCAAGGUCUUCGGUCUCCUGGAGUCUCCAGUCCGCUGUGGUCGCUGUGCACCCGUGGCGAAACAGGAAGGGGCAGGCAGCAUUCAUGACAUUGAGCUGCAACUGACGACAGACCCGCUUGAGUUGAUGUACGGCUCCGAUGCUCUCAACGCACUUUGCUCAAGAUGUCAAACUUCGAUGGCGGACCAUCUUGCCGCACAGCAGCGUCAAAUAUGGUGCAAACUACCGGUCUAUCUCGGUAUUGAUGAUUUGGAAGGAGUUGAGAUGGUCGCGCCUAGUCCUUUGGAAGGUAUGGACUGGGCCGCAUGAUUGCGUGAAUGUUGUUCUUCACGUGCAAGAGACAUAGAGUUUAAAUCAGUCACAUAUGCGUUCGCUCAUGCUCGUUUGCGAGGCAAUGUAGAUACGCCUGUUACCGCAGCACCAUAUCUCUAGAUGACGUUGCGACUGCCCUCGAGACGAUCACUUGCAAUGCGAUCAAGAGAUUUGUCCUAUCGGCGCAUUUAAAGUCCCCAGUCAUCUCUACGAAUACAGAUCCUAGAUAUUCUGAAGACCAAUUGAGAUUAAG